AAAAGAUUCAACUUUCGUGAAAAGGAAGGAAGGAAGGAAGGAAGGUGGAAUCGGAGAGUCGAUAGAGAAUCUCGAACGACCUCACCUCACCACACCUGCCUGGUUUUUUUUUUUGGUUUUUAAUUUAAAUUGGUUGAAUAUGUCAAAAGUCAAUUGGGGAGUUGUAUGAUUGAUCGAUCAUACGAAAUGGGGGUUGGAAUCUGAGGAGAAGUAUACGUAUGCGCCUAAAUAAGUUUUGUUUAUGAGUCUAGUUGCUAGGUUUGGUGUGCAGACAAUAAAUAAUUUAAUUAGUAAUUUGUUGUGGUUAGAAGAAAAGCAGCAGAAGCAUCAAAAUCAAUUGGUUCUUCUUCUUCGUCCGUCUUCUUCAGUUUGUUGGGCUCUCACUUUCUCUUCAGUUCCGAUUUCGGUUGGUUUGACUUCACUUGAAGCAACCUUCUUUUUUCUCUCUUUUAUGUCCUGAUGAUGCAUUUGAUUGUCACAAAACCCGAAUUCCCAUUGUAAAUUUUUUGAUAUCAUUCAUAUGAAGUCGAAUUUGGGAUUAGGGUUUCUGUUGUGCUUAUCGAUUCUGGUUUCGCAACAAGCCAAUGGACUCAGACCCAUCAGAGAGACCUCUCGUUCCUGGGGCGAUCAGUGGCUCUUUGGUAAAAAAGAACUGAGCAGCGGAGGUUCAUCCGGACCAUUUUCCGCCUGGAAUAUAACUGGAACAUACAGAGGCACCUGGAAGUUUCAAGAUACUGUAAAUGGCUCUUCCAAGUUCCCUGACUUCAGAAACCAAAAGGGUAACUCUGUCAUUGAGUUAUUCACUAGUCCUACUAAGAUUACUGGUGUCCAUUAUGUUCAGGGUGCUGUUGUUUUCCAUGACGUUUUUGACAAUGAACACAAUGUUGGUGGUGCCAAAAUUAAAGUCGAAGGUGUUUAUAUCUGGCCCUUCCGUCAGCUCCGCCUUGUUGCUAACAGCGGAAAGAAUGGUGAUUCAGGCCUUGAAGAUGAUUAUCUUCUCUCCAACCCCUAUCAUCUGCUCGGCAUUUUUUCCACUCAAGUUCUUCAAGAAUCUCCAAGAGACAGAAUGUCCAAACAAAAGGCUUCUCCAAUACAUGAGAUGGAGAAGCAUUGUAAUAUCGAAAUUGCAGCUCAGAUAUCCCGAGCCUCUUCUACUGAAAACAGUGGGGACAAAGAUUAUUUUCACAUUGAAGGACUGAUGGAAAGUCCUGCAGUAGAUGACGACGGCGAUUGUUUCUCCCCCUUGUUGCUGAAUGCAACCUCCAUUAACGUUGAAGUCUACUACAACAAAGCUGUGAACUAUACAUUGAUGGUCACUUUUGUUUCCUUCCUCCAGGUUCUUUUGUUGAUCCGGCAAAUGGAGCACAGUAACACACAAUCCGGUGCUGCAAAGGUCUCCAUUGUAAUGAUAGGGCAGCAAGCCAUCAUUGAUUCUUAUCUAUGCCUUUUACAUCUUACAGCCGGGAUUUUAGUUGAAUCAUUGUUUAACGCAUUUGCGACAGCUGCGUUUUUCAAGUUUGUAGUGUUCUCGAUUUUUGAGAUGAGAUAUCUUCUGGCCAUAUGGAAAGCAACCAGGCCUUCAAACAGCGGUGAGGGAUGGGAGACAAUGAGGCGUGAGCUCUCCUUUCUAUACAGCCGUUUCUAUGGAAUCCUUGUUGGAGGCAUAUUGAUAAUGUAUGAGCUCCAUAACUACAUGCGGUGGGUCCUCCUUCUCAUGUACUCAUUUUGGAUUCCGCAGAUAGUUGCAAACGUUGUUCGGGAUUCUAGAAAGCCGUUGCACCCUUAUUAUAUCUCGGGGAUGACGGUUACACGGCUUGCCAUACCUCUGUAUGUAUUUGGAUGCCCCAAGAACUUCAUGCGUGUAGAGCCCAGCAAGGCGUGGUGUAUAGGCCUGUGCGCAUUCGUCGGGUUUCAAGCUGCUGUUCUUCUUCUUCAGCAUUAUUUCGGGUCGCGUUGCUUUGUUCCACGGAAGAUGCUACCUGAGAAAUACAACUACUACAAAAGAUUAGAUCAUGAUGUAAACAGAAGCAGGGACUGCGUAAUCUGCAUGGCCACAAUUGAUCUCAGGAGGCGCACCAAUGAUUGCAUGGUAACGCCGUGUGAGCAUUUAUUCCACUCGGGAUGCUUACAGAGAUGGAUGGACAUAAAGAUGGAGUGUCCAACAUGUCGUCGCACACUUCCUCCAGCCUAAGAGAUCAUCUCUGCGUCAGUUUCCCUAGGGAGUCAUCUAUUAACUUCACAUUAAUUGCAGGUCUUGGGAAGAGAUUAGAAGAAAACAAAACCGGGAUAGAAAUCUGUAGAGACGUAGUUUGUAUGAAUGAAUUGUGUUAUAAUUUCCAUCCAUUCAUUUGGCUCUUUUGGUCAGCAAAACCCCUCGGAUUCAAUAUAUAUACAAACAACCAUUUACCUCUCACAUUUCUUUGAGGGUUGUAUUAUUAUUACCAACACGGCAAGAUUAUGCUUAAACAACACAACCAAACUAUAACACAGUUGGUUCUGGGCCUCUUGAGAGGAAGGUUCAUUCACUUUGGUUCCAUAUCGGAUGAAGUGGCUAAAGGCAACACAAAUUGCAGUUAUAAACGUAUAACUAGAUUUUG